AUACUAUACUCACAUGAGAAUCAUCACAAUAUACAUAAAAAGUAUUACUGACAAGUACAAAACACAACACAUUUAUUUUAAUCAAUUUUUAUCAAGUCGUGUAUUUGUUUAUAAAUGCCAACAUUGACAAGCCACCGUCGAACGCGCAGUAAGUAAACAAGUGAUUGUAGGUUAGGAUUGGCUAAAAGUAAACAAAAAAUUUAUACAAUGAGAAGAUCAGAGAGGUUAGCUGAUAAAAAAGUGACUAAUCAAACCAGAAGCAAUGUUUUCCAAAUGCCUACGCAGCAACUUGUUAAAAAAAGUGCUCCCGCUAAGAAACGAGCUACUGGACAGAACAAAACCUCUGGAAAUAGCAACAAAGUAUCACAAUCUUCUGUUUUUAGAUCCAGAGAAGCGUCGGCUAUCAGACAUCCUGAGAAACCAGCAACGUUUUGUAACAUAACACCAAGAACUGUCAAUGUUCCUCACUACCAAAUGUAUCCAGUUGCGCCGAACCAUUAUCCGGGAAUAAUAAUGACGCAAAGUAAUGAACCAGUUCAUCCAGAUGUAAAGUUCAAAAAUCAGCCAUUUUAUCCAGAGCUGGGUGAGUUAGUUAAACCAACAAGCCUAAGAGCUGUUUCAACCCAGUAUCCGACACUGGAGAACAAUUUUAUGUUUUAUUUAUCACCUAAGCAAGCGGAUACAAUUGCUAUAUCUCGGUACCGUCAGCCAGGUAGCAACAAAGUUGAUCACUAUGUUCAAGUGAUACUGCGCUUUUGCUUACACGAAACUUCACAAGAGCAAAACGAUUACAUACCACCAGAUGUAAAGAUUAAAGUAAAUGGAACAAAUCUCAGCGUACCCCAGGCUAAAUAUAUCAGCAGAGACAAGCCCAAAGAAGGACCAAUGAAGCCAAUAGACAUCACUGAGCUGAUGAAAUUGUCACCCACUGUCGGGAACUGGAUUUCAAUUAGCUGUCCGUACGACUUUGGAAGGAAGUACGUCGUUGGUGUGUACCUGGUGAGAAAGUUAGCCCACUCUGACCUGAUACACCAGCUGAAGGCCAAAGGCGUUAGGCAUCCUGAUUACUCCAGAGCGAUGAUUAAAGAAAAAUUGCUCGAAGAUGCUGAUUCGGAAAUCGCAACAACUUCUUUACGUGUAUCCCUCAAUUGUCCUCUGGGUAAAAUGAGGAUGAGUAUACCCUGUCGGGCGUCAACUUGCGCCCAUUUGCAGUGCUUUGAUUCAGGGCUUUACUUACAAAUGAACGACUGCAGGCCGAGGUGGGUCUGCCCAGUUUGCAACGGACCUGCUACCUAUGAUUGUCUGGUUAUUGAUGGAUAUUUUCAGCAAGUUUUAGCCUCGGAAAAAUUGCUGGCCAAUGUCAGUGAGAUCCAGCUGCUGCCUGAUGGCUCUUGGGAAAAUUUACUGCCCAAGAAGGAUUGUGAUAAGAUCAAGAGCUUGGAAAGUGAGGUUUUGUCUGAUUGCCAGCCAAAUUCAACCGUAGUUCUGGAUGCGACUCAAGUUCAAGACGAAAAUAAAGCUGAUAAGAAUCUUUCAGUGGUUGAUUUAGUUUCCAGUGAUGAAGAGGAUUCUAGAAAUCCUGAUGAACCUUUGGGUGCUAAAAGUUGUAAAAUUAGAAAAAUUAGUUCAAGUGACGUCAGUCAGGAAAAAUCUAGUGGUGUUAUUGUUAUUGAUCUGGACUGAAAAAUUUUUUGGGUUAAGUAUUUAUUGACAAAUAAUUAUAAUUAUAAUUUUUUUUUUAUUAAUAUUAAAGGGGAAAAUACGUGUAGAAAGACGUUUUUAUUUAUUUUUUUUU